AUGUCAGGGAGCGGAGGGUCCUCCCUUGUCCUCUCUGCCAAGCCAGGAAGGGGGCCAGUUGGACCCUGCAGCUUCUUUUGGCUCCUCGACUCCUCAGGAAGGAUGAAAGAGACGGAUCCUGUCAAGCUAGAAGGGAUGGAAGGGGGAAGAUGGACAGUUGACCUCGUCAGGUUGUCCCCCGCAUCCUUCCCCACAACCUCUGAGCGUUCCCUCCCAGGGACCUCCGAGAGAUCUGAUGGUGAUGAAUUGGAAGGGAAGAACAAGGGGGAGCAGAACAGAAUUCACAUAGUGGAGAAGUCAUAUAAAUAUUCAGAUUGUGGAGAGAACAUCCGUCAGAGAUCACAUUCCACCUCCCAUCAAGGAAAGAGCUUCACUUCCCAUCAAAGAAUUCAUACAGGGGAGAAACCCUAUCAGUGCUUGGAAUGUGGGAAGAGCUUCAGUCAGAUGGUGAAUCUCAAUUCCCAUCAAAGAAUUCAUACAGGGGAGAAACCUUUUCAAUGUGUUGAGUGUGGUAAGAGCUUUCAUCACCUUGCCCAUCUCAUGACCCAUCAACGAAUUCAUACAGGGGAGAAACCCUAUCAGUGCUUGGAAUGUGGAAAGAGCUUCAGUCAGAUGGGGAAUCUCACUUGCCAUCAAAGAAUUCAUACAGGGGAGAAACCCCAUCAGUGCUUUGAAUGUGGAAAGAGCUUCCGUUACAGGGCGAAUCUCACUUCCCAUCAAAGAAUUCAUACAGGGGAGAAACCCUAUCAGUGCUUGGAAUGUGGAAAGAGCUUCAGUCAUAGCGACUCUCUCACUUACCAUCAAAGAAUUCAUACAGGGGAGAAACCCUAUCAGUGCUUCGAAUGUGGUAAAAACUUCAGUCACGGUCAGACUCUCACUGCCCAUCAUAGAAUUCAUACAAGAGAGAAAACGUCUUAG